UUUUGGAUAAGGUCUUGGCUACAAUGACGGACAGUCAAUAUGAGGUACAUUGCUGGAGUGACUCUAUGAUUGCAUUGGCUUGGAUUCAAGGUGACAUUCACAGAUGGCAGAAAUUUGUAUCCACCAGAGUGCAAAAGAUUACAGAAAUUGUCGAACCUUCACGUUGGCAUCAUGUGAGUACAGAAUUAAAUGCAGCAGACUGUGCUACAAGAGGAUUGACAGUUGCACAACUAGAAUCCCAUUCAUUAUGGUGGGGCCCAGAAUGGCUCAACAAGUUAGAUAUAAGUUCAAUUGAAAACGUUUCUAAUUUAACUACAUGUAUUGAAGAAAUUAAGGCUAGUGUGAACGCGACUUUAUCAACUACAAUUAUAAAACAUAAGACUUUAAUAUUACAAUUAUUGAAUGAAUACAGUUCAUUGGCACGUGUCGCAACAACAGUGGCAUGGCUAUCACGUUACAUCCUGUGGCUUCGCAACAAGAAGAAUGUGCCACAUCAGAAUUAUUUGUCAGCUGUUGAAAUGGAAAAUGCAUAUUGUAUUAUAAUUAGAACUGUACAAUCUAUAGAAUUUAAGGAAGAAUUUAGUUGUAUUUUACAGAAUAGAAAAUUACCUAGGAAUAGUAAGGUAUUAUGUUUAAAUCCGUUUAUUAGCAAGGAUGGGUACGUGAGAGUGGUAUCGGUUAAGACCAAGAAUGGUAUAUUGAAAAGGCCAAUUUUAAAACUUUCCCGACUUCCAGUCAAGGAGAGCGAUACCGUACAGGUAAACAGCAGCUCUAGUGAUCAUGAUCGACAUGUCGUGACCCCUGGGACAAUGAGCAGGGUACAACCAGAAAGCCAAACAAACCAGCUACCGCCAUCUCGACGUCGACCUCGAAGAAAUAAUUUAUGUCAUUUUAUAUUUACUUUACUUGCUAUGUUUUUAUUUACAAUUUCACCCACACAGGGAACCUACAAUAUAUCAAAUUUCAACUCGAGUCAAAGCCUUCAUACUUGGGAUCAGAUGAAGAUGCAGUUGGAGAACAUAAAAAAGGAAGCUGAUGUGGUUUACUCUCCCGUCAGUGUACACGAUGUACACCACUAUACUGCGAUCUACGCCACGCUGACACUGCUGAUCUUAGGGGGGUGCAUUUACGUCGUCCGUCGUGUUCGUAAGACAAGCCAACAACAGUUUCGAGUGUCCCCUGCUGUCACUGCUCCGGUGGUUCUGCGGGCGGUGGAGGCGACUAACGUGGAACUUCCGGAGCUGCCUACAAAGCAGCAGUCAUCAUCAUCAACGGGGGUGGUUCCUCCGAGCACCAGUACGCAGUCAUGUGUGAAAACAAGUGGCAAGUGUAAAAAAUCUGUGCGAUUGUCAGUUCCAAAAAUUAGUGAAAGUGAAAUUAGUGAUUAUUAA